GCUCUCUGUCCUUGAAUUUCUUUCUUCUCUAUAUGGUAAUGAAGCAUCAGAAAAAAGGAAAGGUGCAUCAAAGAUUUUAUUUUAUUUUAUUUAAAAAAAAGAAAAAAAUCUGAAAUAUCAGAUAAUUAUGGAGAUUUUGCAGGCUGUUCUGACAUAUCAGACUCAAAAGGGGUGCUGUUAUUCUGAUUUUAUGGACCACCAUAUAUAGUACUACUACUUUGGAUUGAUUUGAAAGAGAAAGCUAAUUUUGGCUUGUAUUGAAAGUUAAGUUAUCCAAGAUUAAGGAUUUGGAUUGUGUGCUGUCACAAUUCCGAACAUAUGAACUGUCCGAUCAAAAUCAACGAUCCAGAUUUUAAACUUGAUAAAUAGCAUUGAUAUUUGGACUGUUCGAUGUUUUGAUCGGAUGAUCUAGAUUUCAAGCAAAAUUAACUUUCAAAAUUAAUUGUUCGAUCUUGAUCAGAUGAUACAUAUGUGUCUAAUUGCACGCGGUCACACUGCACACAAUGUCACUCCCAAGGUUAGUAGAGCCUUAGAGGCAUAAAGACAGUGGAAAAAAGACUAGACUUUUGUAGUAGCUAUUGAGUUGUCAAAUGAGGGGUGAAAAAAUUUGCUGAGGUUUUUAACUAUUUGACAAGAAACCAAAAAAAUCAUUUGCUUGUGAAUCAAAAUCUCUCGGCCAAAACAAAGCUUUUAAACAGUAGCCUUGGAAUGUUUGGGGGUCCUGGCCUGCUUUUUGGGAUUUGCAGCUUCAAAACUCAUUUGGUCCUUCUUAUUUAUAUAUAUAUAUAGCAUCAAUCAUAUUGCUUAACCAUUUAUUCUAGUUAUAAGUUAUUCAAAUAAUUCUAUAACCUCUCUCACAUCAUCACAUUCAUCAUUUGAAGAAAAAAAAAAUGAAGGGAAGAUUAUUCUUUUUUCUGCUAACUCUUCAAAUAGUGAGUUUGGUUUGUGUAGCAAAGAGGCCUUUUCUUUCAACUCAUGGUAUUUCACAUUCAGCUCAAGAAAAUGCUUCAAAAUCAUCACCACCUUAUACCAUUGAAUCAAAAAAGUUAAAGGGUAUAAUGGGAAAAGAAGGUAUGUCAAAGAAAAGGGAGGUAGAAAAUGAUAGAGAAGUGAGUAAAAUAGGGUCAAGUCCACCAAGCUGUGAGCAUAAAUGCUAUGAUUGUUUUCCAUGUGAAGCUACUCAAGUGCCAAGCAGAACAAGCCAUUUGGGGAUUAUGUAUGCAAAUUAUGAGCCUGAGAGUUGGAAAUGCAAGUGUGGUCCUUCAUUCUAUAGUCCUUGAAUAUUGUAUUAUUUUCCAUUUUAAUUAUCUACUACAUUGUAUUAUGACUCAGAAUGAUGAUCUUUUAUCUCAUUCUCUAGUUCUUAUGUAGUUUGUACAAUCCUCAUAUUCAAAAGAGUUUUGGUAAUUUAUGAUUUUAUUAUUA